CCUUGUCUCGUUGCAACAUUCACCUCUGCAGUUAAUCUGAAGCGGAUGUCAUGGGUAGCUCUGCUGUCUGUUUUUUUUCUGAAUUUAUACCAUUCUGAAAAAAAAGUCGGGAUUGCUUUGUGAAAAUAAUUGACAGUUCCACUUUUAUUGUUUUCUUAGUCAUACGCCAGUCAUUGCAAGCUAAUGGAUACGAUGGAAUGUUUGCAUUAAUCCAAGGCUUACUUUUCAAGGGCUAUUGCUUUAUUAGCUGUUGAUUGAAUUUGUGAAACAGCAGUUGAACUGUUUACAAGAAAUAACAAUCUCAAAUACCCUCUUUAUUCUUAACUUCGCAAUAUACAGCAGUAUGUACUCGAAGUGAGUGAACCACUGCAAAUUGUUAAGGCUUUUAAAACAAGUCUCUUCGCGUGCAGCAUCCAGGCAGAGUUAUAGCUGCAUGGGGAUGGCCACCACUCGGGUGAGAAUCCUGACCAUGCUAUUGAUCGGUGGCCUCGGAGCUCUGGCUGAGCGAUUCCUCAUGGGCCUGCAGGCCCCUCAGUCUCUCUCGAACCCAUUCAGUGCCCUGCGGCUCGGCGCAGGGUUGCAGAUUGCCCUCGACGCCCUCAACGCCAACCCCACCUUCCUGCCCAAUCACACGUUCGCGUUCACGUACGCCGACUGCGCGUGCGAUCCCAAGGUGUCCCUCGACUCCUUCAUAAAGCAGGUACGCGACCAGGGCAUCAUCGCGCUCCUGGGACCCGUCUGUGCCGAAGCGUCCGAGGUGACUGGCCUCUUGGCCGCUCAGUGGAACGUGCCCAUGCUGGGCUUCGUGGGCCAGACCCAGCGCAUGGACCGCACCACCGUGUACGACACGUACGUCCGCAUCAUGUCACCGCUGCAGCGCAUGGGUCAGAUGCUGGAGGCCACCAUGCGCCACUUUGGGUGGACGCGAGCCGCGAUGCUGGGUGGCACGGCUCAGAACAGCACGUGGGCCAACAUUGACGAGCUGUGGGCGAGCGUGGAGCGGGAGUUGGCUCGCUCCGUCACCAUCACGGCGCGCAUCAAGUACGACACGUCCAACCUGCGCCUUCACCGCCAGAACCUGCAGGAGGUCUCGAGGAAGGCCAGGAUCGUGAUCCUGAUGUGUGGCUCGGAUGAGGCACGGGAGAUCCUUCUGGAGGCCCAGGCCCUUGGCCUCACCACGGGAAAGUUUGUCUUCCUCGUUGUGCAGCAAUUUGAGGAUAGCUUCUGGAAGUCUGUGGUGGCUGAAGGCCUGGACUCCAUGGCCCUACGGGCGCUGGAGCCGGUGCUGCUGUUUGCCAUCAAGGCGUACGGGACCUACGACUACGACGUGUUCCUGCAGGAGGUGCGCCGCCGUCUGGCCGGGCCGCCCUUCCACAGCAAUCUCUCCAGCUACAAAGAGGUGAGCCCUUACGCUGCAUACCUGCACGAUGCGGGCAUCCUGUACGCCAUGGCCGUACGCGAGCUCCUGAGACAGGGCGGCAACCCCCGCGAUGGACGGGCGGUCAUAAGGACCAUCAGGGGCUCAAACAAGAUCAAGUUCUAUGGUGCAUCGGGGCAGGUGAGUAUUGAUGUGAACGGAGAGCGCUUCCUGGAUUACGCCGUCUUUGACCUGCAGAAGAAGGGGAAUGCCAGCCAGUUCCUGCCCGUGAUGGUGUUCGACACCUUCCAGAAGGCCCUCAGCUUUACCCCGGAAUACCAGAAGAUGGGUUGGCCAGAUGGUCGGCCCCCUUCCGACAUGCCAGAGUGUGGCUUCACAGGGGAGCUAUGCCAGGAGGCACCAAUCAACCUGGCGCUGGUGCUUGUCGGCAGCAUCCUGUCUCUGAUCGUCAUCGGUACCGUGGCCUUCCUGACCUACCUGGUGGUGCAGAGCCGCAGCCUCCAGGAGAGCAUGGACACCACCUGGUGGAAGAUCAACUUCGAAGACAUCACUUUGGUCAGCACAAGCAAGCAAGACAUCGUGGAAUCGGAGUCUUUGCAGGUUCCCCUGGUCAACGGGAGCUACAGGUCUUCCGGCAAGCAGGUCUCUGGAAACCAGAGCAACGUUCACCACGAUGUUCACGGCACGGACAGGGUGGAGAUUCCCAUCGGCAUCUACCAGGGGAACCAGGUGGCCCUGAAGUUCCUUGAGAGAACUCAUCCACCCGACCUCAAGAGCAAGUCCAUGCUGAAGGAGCUGCAGAUUAUGCGAGAAAUGCUGCACGAGAACUUGGUGAUCUUCUUCGGUGUCUGCGUGGAGUUGCCCAACGUGUGCAUCGUGACGCAGUACUGUCGCAAAGGGAGCUUGAAGGAUGUGUUGAAGACUUCUGACUUUGAGCUGGACUGGAUGUUCAAGACGUCUUUUGCACACGAUAUCGUCAAUGGCAUGAUAUUCCUGCACAAGAGUCCCAUAAAAUCCCACGGGAACCUCAAGCCGUCCACCUGCCUGCUGGACAGCCGCCUGCAGAUCAAGCUCACCGGCUUCGGCAUCUGGGAAUUCCGCUACGGGAAGAAGGGGAAGACCCUGGACAUCAAUAAGCAAGAAGAGCUGUACUGGACAGCGCCCGAGCUCCUCCGGAUGGAGGACUUGCCGGUGAACGGCACCCCCAAGGGGGACGUGUUCAGCUUCGCCAUACUCAUGCGCGAGGUGAUCUACCACGAGGACGAGGGGCCCUACGUCGGCAUUCAUCUGGAGCCCAAAGGCCCAAAGGCCAAGCGAUCAGCAUCAAACAUCACUGUUGAAGACAUCAUCGACCAGGUGAGGGACGGCAUCGCCGUGCCACCGCUGCGGCCACUGCUCACGGAGCGCUGCGAGCCGCGCAUCCAGGCUCUCAUCCGGCAGUGCUGGGACGAGUCUGCGGACCGCCGGCCCGACUUCUCGUCCGUGUCGCGCAUGCUGCGCCUGGCGAGCCCUGAAGGGAACAUUCUGGACAACAUGGUGUCCAAGCUGGAGAAAUACGCCAACCACCUGGAGGAAGUCGUGGAUGACCGCACGGCGCAGCUAGAGAGUGAGAAGAAGAAGACGGACCGCCUGCUGUCCAGCCUGCUGCCUGGGAUUGUCGUUGAUCAACUCAAGGCUGGCAAGACCGUGCAGCCCGAGCAGUACGAGCUCGUCACCAUCUUCUUCUGCGACAUCGUGGGCUUCACGGCCAUGAGCGCCAUCAGCACCCCACUGGAGGUCAUCAACUUGCUCAACGACCUCUACAACCUCCUCGAUGACAUCAUCAAGGAAUACGAUGUCUACAAGGUGGAGACCAUCGGGGACGCGUACAUGGUGGCGAGCGGCCUGCCCGUGCGCAACGGCGUGCGCCACGUGGAGGAGAUUGCGACGAUGUCCCUGCACUUUUUGAGCUCCAUCAUGAACUUUCGCAUCCGCCACCUGCCACAAGAACAGCUGAAGCUCCGCAUUGGCAUCAACAGCGGACCGGUGGUGGCAGGAGUGGUGGGGAACACCAUGCCCAGGUACUGCCUCUUCGGUGACACCGUCAACGUGGCCUCACGCAUGGAGAGCACCGGCUUCCCGCUGCACAUUCAUGUCUCGGAAGCCACCACAAAUCUGCUGAAGCAGAUCGGGGGCUAUUUUUUGGUGGAGAGAGGAACCAUUAAUUUAAAGGGGAAAGGCAAUCAGUUGACGUACUGGCUGAAGGGAAAGGCUGGUUUCCAGAUGCCUCUUCCUGAAUUCUUCCACACGGGAGAAAUUCUGAAGAACAAGGGCACUGUUGAAAGCAAUCAGAUCACGGAGAACUGGACGGAGGAGUUCGCUAAGGACGUGGCCGCUUUUCGGGCCAAGCAGAGCAUGGGCGCUACGGCGAACCGCAUUCCCCCGCACGGCGCCACCGGGGACAAGCACGGCCCCAAGGGGCAGCGUCCGUCCCCCGUGACCCAGGCCAGCAGUGUGUGGGCAACGACACAGUAGGGCGUUUUCACGGGGGACCAAAACGAAAAAGGAGUCGUGCGUUGAAACACGCGUUUGACUGAGAUGCAGGUUGCGGUGCACGUGGCCAGGUCUCGGGACGGUUUGAGUUGCGCUCCAAAACUAACAAAAAAUUGUUAGCCACGCAAUUGUUGUGCAUCUGUAAAGUAAUUUAUUGGCCACUGUUUAGGCUCUUUUUAAGCACGAUGUUUUGAGGUGCAGCCAUUGUGAUUUGGUUAAGAGCUGCCUUUAUAGAUUAUAACCCUAGACUGAGCUACGGUCAACUUGACAUGCGUGCAAGUAAAAACACCUGGUGCUUAGCCCUGGCAUCAUAGAAGGCAGCGUUAAGCCUGCAGGCUUAAGUGAUUGCAUUGCUCGGCAGUAAGUAGUAAUGUCUAGAAGUUUCAGACGUGUUUUUUUUCUGUGUCGGAUUCUGGUAUUUAACCCCCAUGUGCAGUACCUCGAAAAUGAAUGAAGAUGAAAAAAAAAACCGUUUGGGUUGAGAGUUGGUGGUUUAUAAAAUAGAAUAAAUAAUAAAAAAAUGUGAUGUAUUUUCUUUCAAGAACA